GUCGGAAACAGUUCUCACAGAAAGGCGGAUCCCCGUUUGUCUCUCACAACUUCAGCCGAAUCUAUUUUUAUUUGUCACACCUUCGACGGGGUCGCCACAUAUACAGCUAAAAUCGCCACUUACUUUGCGCACUGAAACCACCCCGGUUGCUUUGUUGUUUUCUUUUUUUUUAAACCUAGGACAGGAUAAAAAAGCAUAGAGAAGAUCAGCAGCCCAGCGACGGCAGCUCGGUGUUAGCAGAGCCAAACACAGGAAGAUAAUGGGUGAUAAAGAACUCAUGUGGGCUCUGAAGACCGGGGACCUGGACGAGGUCAAAAGCAAGCUGGAGACGGCUGAGGACGUGAAUCGCACCCUGGAUGGUGGGAGGAAGCCUCUUCAUUACGCUGCAGACUUUGGUCAGGCAGAUGUGGUGGAGUACCUCAUUUCUAAGGGAGCAGAUAUCAAUGCUCCAGACAAACAUGGACUCACUCCACUGAUUUCUGCCUGUUUCGAGGGUCACCUCUCAUGUGUCAAGAUCCUGCUAGAAAAGGGAGCUGACAAAGACCGGAAAGGACCGGAAGGCAUCAGUGCCUUCGAAGCUGCCGAGAGCGAUGCUAUAAAAGCGUUGCUCAAGUGAAACUUCCCAGCGUGACGGGUGGCUGGACAGGGAUCAAAUUCUGGGGGAGUGCUGUUGAACCUGGAUCUUCAAACACUGUUCAGACUAGAAAUUGGACUCUAAUAUUAAUAAAGUUUAGCCCUUAAAUACACAUCUUAUUUCCACUUGUCUUUUUAAACUGUAAAGGAAUCAAACGGUAAAGGCUCAAUAGUAUGUUCAUAUUUUUACGACUUCAGUACAAGUAUUGUAAGGCCAGGGCUUCUUCUCUCGAACAGUAACUGCACUGUGCUCUUCUCGAUGGUUUGAUAUGAAAGGUUGUAAAGUUUCAUGAUAUAAACCUUCUCUGAUGUGUGGCCUCUUUUCUGAUUUUCUUUUUGAUAGACCAGGCUGUUUCCUCGAAUGCCAUCGUAAAACUUUGAAAAUGCUGAGUGAGAUAAAGGAAUCAGAUUUUUUUUUUUUUUUUUUUUUUCCUGGCCCUGUGUCACUUGCAUAUCAAAUGGUGUUUUUGACAAAUUUUACAUUAAUAAUGCAUUUAAGGUGUUCUGUAUGCUUUGAUCAAUCACCAUGCUGGCUAACUAGAAAGACUUGAAUGUUGCAAUUUUAAAAUCUGUUAACUGAAUCCCUUAUGAAGCAUUGCUAACAGCACAUAAUAGGAUUAGGAGUUUUAGAAACUUGUUAAUUUCCUCACCCCGGGAGUGAGCGUUGAGCAAAAAUCCGCUUUUGUUUUUGUCUUUUUUUUUUUUUUUUCUUUUUGUUCGCAGCGUCUUUCUAUGGUUUGCGCCUGAUGGGCUAAAGGAGCUAUGACUGAUGUGUAAACGAGGGUCGGAGUUGAAACUUGAUGUUCUCCUGGCUUUGGAUUCGGUUAGACGCCCUUCCUGUUCUGCUGCAUGUCAAAACUGCCUCUGCUUUUAUGGUAUGAAACGGUCACUGUCCUCGGUUGCUCUCAAAAGACUUACUACUAUGUAAUGGACAAAACAUGCUCUCGCUGACUUUGUUGUGACAAAAGUCUGUAAAAACAAAUAAAAACAUCAAUUAAAAUGUAA